AUGCGGUUAGAGGAGCUCAGGAUUUACGCAGGAGUUGUUGAGAGUCAGUUGAGGACUUGUUACUUCGGUCCGCCACCGGAGCCGCUUCCUGGGGAACACUGGAUGCAAGCAGCAACUCGAGAAAUACGCAAACGAUGCCCAGGGACGCAAGUCUCUACUGAUGACAAUAAUGGUACCGAAGCUGAAGGCGAUGCCGAGACUUUGACAACACCUUCAAGUCCCCGAUAUGCUUACUGUUCAGACAGAGAUGACGAUAAUGAUGGAGAUGUGGUCAUCAUCUACCCAGCGCAGUAUCCAGGCGGCUUGUAUGUAUCCUGCAGUGGAAAGUGGAUUGUGAUUCAGAGGCGUUACGUCGCGGCCGUGAAUUUCACCCGUAGCUGGGCCGAGUACCGAGACGGCUUCGGUGAUCUUGAGAACUCAUUCUGGCUUGGGAACGAGAUCGUCCGUCAGCUAACAUCAGAGGGGACUUGGGAACUGAAGGUUGCAUUGACUUCAUUGGAUAAUCCAGGCUCAUGGGCUGCCGUUUAUUUGAGAGAUUUCCAGAUCGUAGGGGAUGAGUACCAACUCUUAGCGAGUAUAAACCCUUCGUAUUCAAUGGGUCAUUCUCUAAUUGACGUCCAUACAGGCCAGCUGUUCUCAACCUACGAUCACGACAAUGAUGACGAUGGGAACGCCAAUUGUGCCGCUGAGCUGAAGGGAGGCUGGUGGUUCAAGACUUGUACUGGAGGUGUAGGCACUGAGGAUCUCGUGCCGAGUAACCUGAAUGGGGAGUAUUCCUAUCCCGUCAACUACACGGGGCAAGACUACCGCGGUAUGAGGUGGGCUAGUGCGUUCGAUGGCCGUAUGUCUUGCGAGAUCUCGAUUCAUCGCUAUCUUUAA